AUGGCCUCCACGGGAAACCCGCACGACUUUGUACUCACCCCUCAGCAGCAGAGUCUGCUCUUCGCUGCCCUCAACUCCAACAAGCAGCCCAUGGCCUCCCCAAUGGCUGGCAACCUGCACAUGUCCCCGGCCUCGUUUGGCAACUCCCCGACCCAGAAGACUGACAUCAAUGGCUUCGAUACAAGUCCUUUCCUUGACUACGACUAUGACAUCAACGGCGACACCAGCUUUGAUUUCAGCUUUGGCGAUGGGUCCAACGCUAAGAUGAUUGGAGACCUGCCCGGAUCGGCCGGCAGUGACAAGUCCGGCUCCGAGAAUAAUGAGACCGAGAAGAGGAGCCACCCCGACGAUGAGAACGAGGAUGACGGAGGCGAUGCCAAGAGGCAGGAAACUGGAGAGAAGGUUUCUAAGAAACCCGGACGCAAGCCUCUUACCACUGAGCCUACCUCGAAGCGCAAAGCGCAGAACAGGGCUGCGCAGCGCGCAUUCCGAGAGCGCAAGGAACAGCACCUCAAGAACCUUGAGACCAAGGUCGAGGAGUUGGAAAAGGCGUCGGCGCAAUCCAACCAUGAGAACAGCGUCCUGCGUGCCCAGGUUGAGAAGAUGACCAGCGAGUUGAGCGAGUAUAAGAAGAGGCUUUCUGUGAUGGUGAACAACCGUGCCUCUAGCAUGUCUGGCGGUCAACGACCUACGUUCGGCCACGCCGUCAUCAACAACUUGAACGACGUCAACUUCCAGUUCGAGUUCCCCAAGUUUGGCCAGCUCCCUGGUCCUACGCCAACCGCGUCCAACCAGACCUCCAUGAACGGUCGGACAUCCAACUCACAGUCACCUCGCAACACCCGCAGCCCUAGCGACCAGACCAGCCCCUUGGCCCAGUCUGCACGCCACGGCUCGACGGGCUCGAAGUCGACGAAUGGCCUUGAUACUCAGGCCAAGGAGGACCUGGCCAACUUCUCCGGAAUCUUCAGUCCUCCCUUGACCAACAAUAAUGUGGCGUCUGCGGCCCGUGGUAGGGCAGAGUCCAGCAACAGCGGUGCGGCAACUACAACCUCGUCACCCUCUGCCUCAUCAAACUCCCAUGGGGGUCCGAGCUCCUCUUGCGGGACCUCUCCUGAGCCGUUCACUCAGUCUCCGAUGGGCUUCAAGCCAGUUGACACACUUACCACCAUUGGUGAGGAGAAGCAUCCCCUCGGCAACAUCAACCAAGACUUUAGCCAAUUCGCCAAUUUCGACGUGAAUGACAUGAACUUCAUGUCGUCAACCAACAACUUCCAGUUUGAUCCACAGCUGUUCGGCGGCUACCGUGAGCCCCAGGAGAAUAUACUAGGCACCGGGUUUGAUGACACCUUCUUCAACGAUGCUUUUGACGUUGACUUCACGACGCCAUACUUCGCACCUAGUCCUGCGCAAAAGAAAGAUGAUCUCAUGUCACGAAUCGAUGCAGCGAAGAACGACGAUGCGACCGAGCUUGUUCAGACUACAGAUGGUCAGCUCCUGACUUGCAAUAAGAUAUGGGAGAAAUUGCAGAGCUGCCCGAAGGUUCAGAAUGGUGACUUCGAUCUCGAUGGCCUGUGCUCUGAUCUCCAGAAGAAAGCCAAGUGCUCAGGCUCCGGUGCAGUCGUUGACGAGUCGACAUUCAAGAAGGUGAUGCAGAAGUACUUGGGCAAGACAGACAAGGAAAUGGAAGAAGGCUGCCCGGAGGAAAGACUCAAACUUGAGCCACAGGCCGCCGAGCAACUCUCCACUUGA